AGAGACUCUUGUUCUGACCCAUUGAAUUGUUUCUUUUGUGAAAUGUCCAGGUGUUGAUAUUGCAAAAGUUUGAAAAUGUUUUUUUCUCCUUACGUUGUUCUAGUCUUUUGACAUUUGUGUUCUGUUGGGUGAACUUGGUUAACAUGGAAGGAUUGCAUCGUUAACUCAUUGGCUGCCAUAACAUCUAUAGACCGCUAUGUUCUUUAAACGCUGCGCGCUGGGAAAUGAUCUGAUGGGGGUUGUACAUAAAAAUCAGGUUGGUACGCGGCUAUCGCAAGUUUUGGGCAGCGUGCACUCAAGCGAAGUAUGCACUGUAGUCCAUUUAAUAGUGAGUAGUGUUGCGAUCGUGGCUAAACGCGCGAAACAGAGGGAGUAGCUCACUCCAGAUUUCACCUCAGUCCAGUUCAGAAGAGGACUCUGGGUCUGAGGAUUUUAGCGAACCUGAUCCUGAUUCGUCAGAUGACUGGUUGCCCGUGGAAAGAAGCAGGAGAGGCAGGGCCUUCUCCCCUCAAUCAUCAGGAACAAGUGACGAUGAUGCAUCCGGCGGAGAUCACUCACCCACUCAUGGUGACAGUGCUGAGAACAGAGGUAAGAAAUACGUCUCAAUGUCGCAUUGAUGUAAAUAAAGAAUUGCAUUUAGCAGAAGACACAUAAUUCAUGGUCUAUAUCAAGAUAAACAAAGUGAUCAAAUUACAUGUCAAGACAAAUUAAGAAAAGAAAAAUGGGAAAUAAAAUAAGACGGGUUCACAAGAGAAAUAAAUAAAUAGAAUUCUGUAUGGUAAUUGUGUAUACAGUAUUUCUGCCAUUUAGAGAUUGUGCAUUCCAGCAGAUCUCACACUCCCAUUCUUGGAAGCACUACACUGAUUAUUUAUACAAAUGUAUGGCAGCAAGCAUGUUAACAUGUCUUUUUAAAUUUACAGGUACAAGGAACGGGGAUUGUGGUCAAGACUCUGACUGGUAUCAAGGCGAUUGGCAACCAAACGACAUGCCUUUCAUUGCAACCCCAGGACCACAGAAUGCUGCUGCGGAGCUUGAUGGCGACCAGCCAGCUAGCUUCCUAGAACUUUUCCUGACUGAUGAUCUGCUGCAAUAUAUCGUUGAUCAAACCAACCUCUACGCAGUUCAAUAUCUGCGAGCACAUCCUGACGGUCAACCGCAUAGCAGAGUUAAUGCGUGGGAACCCAUGUCCGUCACAGAACUCAAAGCCUUCUUUGGACUCUGUUUUCUCACCAGUUAUGUCAAAAAGCCAAGCCUGGAGUUGUACUGGAGCUUGGAUGAGGUGGAUGCCACUCCCUACUUCAACAAGACCAUGUCAAGGAACCGCUUUCAGAUGAUCUGGAGGUUCCUUCAUUUCAACGACAACAACAUCGUCAACAACAGCGACGUUAUGCAGGAUGCUACGAACGAGAUGUGUGAAGUCCGUCCAGUCUUUGAUUACGUCAUUGGGAGGUUUAAGGAGAUGUUUCAACCGGGCCAAAACAUUUGCAUUGACCUGGGUACGAUGCAGUGGCGGGGGCGUCUGGCUUUUAGGGCGCACAACCCGCAAGCGCCCGUGCAACAGCAUGGAAUCAAAUCCUAUGUCCUGCGCGACUCUGCCACGGGCUACUGUUUCAACAUGAUCCCUUACAUCGGGGAAGCCGUUUACGUGCCGGAUAUGGUUUUCGCCCUCCUGGAUCGCCUUGCAGGCCACGGUUAUACUUUGUACAUGGAUAAUGUUGACAUCUCUGUAGCACUGUGCGAGCGCUUGUUGGAAUCUCGAACAAAUGUCUGUGCAACACUGACCAAGCAUGGAGGGGAGCCAAAAGCUGUAAGGGAGGUUACAAAGACCAGCUUGAAGGUUGGGGAGAAAGUAGCGCAGCACAACGAGCGGGUGAUGGUGGUGGCAUGGCACGACAUAAACCAAUUGGUGAGGAUGGUAACCACCUGCCACCAGGACGAGAUGAAGAGGCCUGCCGUGCGACAGAAGAAGGGACGCAAGAGGGACAAGGUCGGUCGCCUUAAGCCGGAGUGCGUAAUCGCGUUUAACACCCAUAUGAACAGCGUGAGCAAGCUGGACCACGACGUCGCAUACUUCCCCGUCGUUCGAAGGUCACUGAGCUGGUGCAAGAAGUUUGUCGCCUAUCUCAACCAGCUGUGCCUAUUCAACGCUCACGUUCUGUACCAGGCCAGACACCCAGGGAAGUGCAAAACCCUCCUGGAGUUCACUCAGAGGGUGGUGAAGUCCUGGACGUCAAGGCGACGAGUGACCGUCGAAACGCAACAGGAUGAUAUGGCGGCUGCACGGGUAGAACAGGUGCUUAACGAAGCUGCCCCGGUUGAGUUGGAGGAGGAGGUCAGGCAAGGCCGGCGUAACCCCAGAGCGCCAUUCUCAGACCCAGAGAGCAGGCUGGACGGCGACUUACGAAGGCACAAACUGGAGAACCUACCACCCACCAACAACAGGGCCAAACCGGGACGCAGGUGCAGGGUCUGUUUCCGCAAGGGACUGCGAAGGGAGACCAAAUUUUGGUGUGUGGGAUGUAGUGUGCCCCUGCACCCCGGAGACUGUUUUACAGAUUACCACACCAAGCAAAACUAUGUGUAGCAGGGGUGGAUGAACACACUAUAUUUUGGAUAUGUAUAUUUUGUUAUGUUCAUUUUUUUACCGUUUGACCAGAAUUUGAGUGUGAACACCAUUUGUAAAUGUACGAAUAAAUGGUCAUCAAAAACCCUUUCUCAGUGUUUAUACUUUUCUACUACUAAUUGCUGAAGAAUGGAAAAAUUUAGAAACAAACUUUUGCAGAUCAAAACCAUCUACUGUUUCUUGAUGGGUAUAGAACCAAAAUGGUGGGUUCUUGCUGGGGGGUGAAAAGGCGGCCAGGGAUAUAGUAGCAUGCAAAUGAAAUUAUGCAUGCAACUACGUGCAAACAAUUGCACAUGCUUGCAAGAGCGCUUUGCAUGAUACUGGAGGUAUCAUGUAGGUGGCAAAUAUCAAACAGGGCUUUCAUUAAUAUUUUCCACUAUUGUUUGACUCUACCAUGACCUCAACUUGGAAAUCGGAAAAUCACCCCUCACGGUAAUCUUUAUACCAUAAUAUUUACAUUAAUAUUCUGCCGUAUGUACGUACGCCUUUGCCUGCUCUGUGUCAGGUGUCCUAUUUAGCACAAAAUCGACACAAAACAGGCAUGGCAUCAUGCAGAUGUGUAGCCUACAGAGACGGCAUAUCCCGGGCCCAAGAACUUAAUGAAGCUCCAAAGAAGAGUUAAUAAUUAGCAUUAAUGAAGCUAUAUCUGAAAAAAUUGCUUUAAUAAUGGAUGGCAGCCAAUGAGUUAAGUUCACCUUUAUCUGUAAAAUAUUAUGAAGAAGCUCUGUCUGUUCUCCCAAACUGAAAAAUUGUCUACAUUUCUAACCCUAACCCUAACCCGUGAUCUUGCCUCCUUCUCCCCCACCCCCACCCUGU